CCACGUUCAUAGGUAGCCCCCAGAACCAUUCUACCUUCUCUCCACUUUGCGUAAGCCCUAAGUAGCACCGCCGGCCCAGCAUUUCCGCGCGCCCCCCUCUCUGCAGCAAGGGCGGCCAAAAAUAAAUAAAUAACAGAAUGACCCUAGACCACUUUAACCCCGGGGGUCCCGUCAUCCUCAAGUGGGACCCCAAAAACCUCGAGAUUCGCACCAUGUCGGUGGAGAAGACUCUCGAGCCGUUGGUCAUUCAGGUUUGAUGUGCAUGUAGUGUUGAGUAAAGCCAGGAGUGCAUGGUAAAAAGUUUUUCUUUGUCGUUGGACUUAGUGCAUGAACCCUCUAGUGAGCGAUGAAGCCCUCUGUCUAAGCGGGACAGCUUAGUUUGAAAUUUGAGAAAGAGAAAAAUCAAAGAGAGGAAGUAAGGAUUACAGAGAGAAAGAGAUAAAAAAUAAAAAGUAAACAAAUAAAAAAGUAAAAAGAACUCUGAAAGACUUUGCACAAAUACAGAUACACACAGUGUUUACAGCAUCACGAGUCACUUGUGCGGACGAGGUGUCUCGAUGCUUAAACGGCGUGCAGGAUAAGGGAAUUCACUAAAAAGCCUAAGGAAUCCCCACCAGAGCAAGAUCAGUACUUCGGCACCAUGCCCGAGCAAAACUACCCCAGCAUGCCACCGGGCACCGAUAACGGCAGUGGCCUGGUGCUUCGAUGGGACAUUAAGAACCUUGAGAUCAAGACCCGGUCAGUCGAAAAGACCCUAGAGCCCCUAGUCAUACAGGUCACGACCCUUGUCAACACCAAAGGCCCCUCCAAGAAGAAGAAAGGGCGGAGCAAGCGUGCCCACGUGCUGGUUGCGGCAGUGGAGGCAGCCACGCGAAACUUCAUUGAGCGUGGGGAAGAGAUCGCCUAUGAGAACCCUGACAUCAAGGGCGAGAUGCUGGGCGCUGUCGAGGAGGUUCGCAAGACAGGAGAUACCAUGUCGCGAGCUGCCCGGGAGUUUGCCGAAGACCCUUGUAGCAGUGUGAAGCGUGGCAACAUGGUGCGGGCUGCUAGGAACCUCCUCUCGGCUGUCACACGCUUGCUCAUCUUGGCUGAUAUGGUGGAUGUCCACCGGCUCCUCAAGAGUUUACAAGUGGUGGAAGACGACUUAGAGAAGGUCAAAAAUGCCUCCAGUCAAUCAGAGCUGCUCGACAACUUCCGUCUGUUUGGCAAGAACACAAGCGACCUCAUCAACCAGGCAGCAAAGCGGCAAAAUGAGCUGAAGGACCCAAGGCUCCGUGACGACCUUGCCUCAGCACGUGCGGUGCUCAAGAAGAACUCCAUGAUGCUCCUAACAGCCUCUAAGGCGUAUGUGCGGCACCCAGAACUGGCAGCAGCGAAGGCCAACCGUGACUUUGUGUUCAAGCAAGUGUGCGAGGCAGUGAACACCAUCAGUGACGUAGCCCAGGGUAAGGCCACGGGGGCGGGCCAAAUGCCCUACGAAGGCCCGGGAGAGCUGGCUUCGGCCCUUGAUGACUUUGAUGAACGCAUCAACAUGGACCCACUGACCUACAACGAAGUGCGAACCCGUCCUUCCCUCGAGGAGCGUUUAGAGUCCAUCAUCAGUGGGGCAGCGCUCAUGGCAGACUCAUUCUGCACAAGGGACGACAGGAGGCUCAAGAUUGUCGAGGAAUGCAACGCUGUGAGACAGGCUCUGCAGGACCUUCUGACAGAAUAUAUGGAUAAUAUGGGACGCAAACAGCCCUCGGAAAAUCUGGACAAGGCAAUUGAUCACAUGUAUCGCAAGACCAAGGACCUCAGACGUCAACUGCGUAAAGCUGUAGUUGAUCACGUUUCAGAUAGUUUCUUAGAGACAAAUGUACCACUGCUAGUUUUAGUUGAAGCUGCAAGGAAUGGCAACGAGAAAGAAGUGGAGGAGUACGCACAGGUCUUUACUGAACAUGCAAACAAAUUGGUGGAAGUUGCAAACUUGGCCUGCACCAUGUCCAACAAUGAGGAUGGUGUGAAGAUGGUGCGCUAUGGUGCAGCGCAGAUAGAACACCUCUGCCCUCAGGUCAUCAAUGCUGCGCGUAUUCUGGCGGCACGGCCCAAAUCCAAGGUUGCUCAGGAGAACAUGGAUGCCUUCAAGGAUGCCUGGGAGAACCAAGUGCGCAUCCUUACAGAGUCUGUGGAUGACAUCACAACCAUUGAUGACUUCCUCGCUGUUUCAGAGAGUCACAUCUUAGAGGAUGUGAAGACAUGCGUACGAGCCAUCAACGAAGGUGAUCCUGACACUCUAGACCGUAUUGCUGGUGCUAUUCGAGGCCGGUCUGCCCGUGUGUGCCAUGUGGUUGCAGCGGAAAUGGAUAACUAUGAGCCUUGCAUGUACACUGACCGAGUUUUGGAGGCAGUGAAGGUUUUGAGAGACCAGGUGCUGCCAAACUUUGCCCAGAGAGUGGACGUGGCAGUUGAAGUCCUAAGCAGCACACCAGGCAAAGAGGUGGAUGAGAAUGAGUUCAUUGAUGCCUCGCACUUGGUGUACGACGGUGUGCGAGAGAUCCGCAUGGCUGUGCUGAUGAAUAAGGCAGAUGACGAGUUAGAUCCGGAUGAUGUGCUGAUGGAUGAGUACCAUACUUUGGAGAUCAGGAGCAAGUCGAGUGCACACACUGUGGACACAACCAUCGAUGAGUACCCAGGUGUAAGUGGCAUCACGACAGCCAGAGACGCCAUGAGGAACCUUAGUGAGGAGGACAAGGACAAGAUUGCCCAACAGGUGGAGAACUUCAGGUUGGAGAAGGUCAAGUUCGACCAGGAGGUAGCCAAGUGGGACGACACAGGCAACGACAUCAUUGUCCUGGCCAAGCACAUGUGCAUGAUUAUGAUGGAGAUGACAGAUUUUACCAGGGGUCGAGGGCCACUCAAGACCACCAUGGAUGUGAUCAAUGCUGCGAAGAAGAUUUCAGAGGCAGGCACAAAGUUGGACAAGCUCUCCCGGCAAAUUGCCGACCAGUGCCCCGAGUCGCGCACCAAGGAUGACAUGUUGGCAUACCUUGACCGUAUUGCCCUUUACUGUCACCAGCUCAAUAUCACCUCUAAGGUCAAGGCUGAUGUGCAGAACAUCUCCGGAGAGCUGAUUGUGUCUGGGCUGGACUCAGCCACCUCCCUCAUCCAAGCAGCGAAGAACCUCAUGAAUGCCGUGGUCCUUACUGUCAAAUGCUCCUAUGUGGCCUCCACCAAAUACCCACGUCAGGGAACCAUCGCAUCGCCCAUUGUGGUGUGGAAGAUGAAGGCCCCUGAGAAGAAGCCGCUAGUGAGACGUGAAAAGGCAGAGGAUGUGCGGGCCAAGGUGCGCAAGGGUAGCCAGAAGAAGCAGGUUUCGGCGCUCAAGGCACUUGCUGAGUUCCAGAGUCCAGCAGAUGCAAUCUAGGGUUCUGAUUUCCUCCCGUAGGUCCAAAGGUCUUAGCAGAAGUAAUUGUGCGUGCACUUGUUAACUUCGCCAUGUAAAUGAUAGGGAGUUUCUUGAGUUUUCAGAUGUCUCUUUUUCAACAGUGUCCCUAAGAUGCCUCUGGCCUGUCCUUGGCCAGUAAGAGGCAGAAUUUCUCUGGGAUUUGUUAUGUUAAUCUUUCCUUUCUCCCUCCUCCCUUUCCCUAGCCUAUGACUUCCUCCCUCCCCUCAGAUGUGUGGGUGUUAGGCAGCUGUUAUAGCCUCAUAAGGAAAAUGCCGGCAAGUUAAAUGUUAUACCACGGCAGAAAUGGAUGGCAGACAUGGAACCGAAAGAAAUGGCGAAGGAAAGGGGAUAAGAAUAGGGAGUGAAGGGGAGGGAGUAAUUAGAAUAGAGAUAGAAUAAUAAUGAAUUAUUAAAAAUGAGAUUGUAAUUGUAAAGAAACAUGAGGGGAAAAUGUAAAGAAAGAGAGGAAGGGUAGUAAGGAAAAUAGGGAUAGAUUAAAAGUGAGAGAAAAAAUAUGAGAUUUGAAUGGUCUUUCAUCACCUUUCAUUCUUUGAUUAAGGAAUCUGUGAUUUUCACUCUCACUGAUGGUAGUUUAAAUAGAGGAUUUGUGUGUUAGAGCAAAAUUCUUGG